AUGGACCAUACAUGGACUGCCCAUCCUGAGGUCGGCUGGGGACACCUGCAAGUGGAUCUUUCCAGAGUGUCAUCGGUAAAGAAGGCAGCAAGUGAGAUCAACGGCACCAAGGACUCUCCGGAGAUUGAUAUUGUCAUCUGCAACGCCGGUUUGAUGUGGAUUCGAGGCCUCCAACGAAGAGCGUACAACAGCAAGACAGACUUUGCCACAGAUCACAUCGGCCAUUUCCUGUUUGUCAGUCUGAUUCUCCCGAAGCUCAUUGCAGUCAAAGAGCAGAAAGAUCUUCCAGAAAGUGAGCGUGCAAAUUUGGCAGUCAUGGGAGCCUAUGGCUUCGGAAAAGGCGGGAUUUACAGCCCAGUGGCCGCACAUGGACAGUCCAAAACAGCAGCCAUUCUCGUCUCGUUGGAGCAUUCCCGUUCAUUGUCCAAUUAG